AUGGGCGGGCGGUGCCGCGGCGGGCGGCAGCCCAACCCGUUCCGGGAGGCGCAGCGCGGCGGGCGGGAGCACAGCGUGAAGUACUGCGCGUGGGAGGUGCUGCGGCACUACCCGCAGGGCCUGAACGUCACGCAGAUCGCGCGGGAGAUCCAGGACCGCGGGCUGAAGGACUUUACGGAGAAGAAGAAUGCUGCGGGCCAGGUGUCAGGGGACCUUGUGAGGGGUAAGGACGUGUUCUGGCACGACCCAGACAAGAAGCUGUGGUGGAUCUUGCCGAUGGCUCCCAACGCCAAAAAGCAAGUCAAGCGGCGGAAGGGGGCCACAAAGGCCAGGAAGCCCAGCGGGGAGGCCCUUGUGGGAUGCAGGGCGUCCGUGUGGUGGGGCGGAGAGAAUGCUUUUUUUGGCGGGCGCAUCGAUGCGUACGACAGUGCCACGGAUAGGUACAAAGUGGUGUACGACGACGGCGACGCCGACCUGGCUUUGGAGUUCAGGGACUACGAAGUGAGCCAGAAGGAAGGCAAGAUCGGGGUCGUCACUGUGAUGUCCACAGAUGCUGAUGACGCUGAUGCACUGCCUGUGGUGAAUGUGGCGACUGAGGUCCCAAAAGAGCCUGCUGGCAAAGGGAUAGCUGCAACCAGCCGGCACAAGGGCUCCAAGGCCAAGGAAGCAAAAGGGCCUGCAGGCGCUCAGGGCCAGUCCAGGGCCAAGGGCAUAGCUUCCCCUCCUGGGCCCUCGGCCAGAACAGCCAGGAGAGCACAGAGGUCGCAUGAUCUUGGGUCACCUGCAGAAGAUGCACAGCCCAAGGAGAGUGUCAGUCCCACGAAUGGAAAGGAGUGGCUUAGCCGUGGAAGGGGCGGUCGCAGGGGGUCCCAAGUAGGGGCCAAGAGGGGCCAGAACACAGUGACUGGGGAGGGAGAGGAUCGUGACACCGAAAACAGACGCAGCAAGCGCAGUAAGACGACGAUUAAAAUUGAGGCAGAGGAUGCUCCCACCGGGGUUGAGAGUCCCACCAGGGUUGAGAGCCCCACCAGGGUUGAGAGCCCCACCAUGGCUGAGAGCCCCACCAGGGCGUCUGAACCUGAAGAGGGAGCAGUUGCUGAUGCUGAGGAGGUGAAGCCAACCCGCAGGGCUAACAGACGCAGGAGGCCGGGCAGUCCUAUGAAGCUCGACAGUGCCCCGCCGCCUGCAAAAAGACAGGCUGCCCGGCUGGCCAGGCACAAGUCUCAAGCUGAGAUGAAGGCAGAGGACCAUGUGGAGGAGGUCGGCCUGGCAGCUGCCAGUCAGCUUGACGAUCCACAAGCAAAAGCACGACAGAAUCGUGCUGAAGAUGUGGAGGUCGAAGCUGGGGAGAACAGAGGGGAAGCCUCUGUUCACCCCGUUCGAAAGUCUUGGCGUCUCAUGCAGAAGCAGGUGCGGCGCGAAGGGCAGUCGAGCUGCCCAGCUGUGUCGAAUGUGGAGAGCGGACAGGAGUUGGCCAACAAUCGGGACGGCCAUGCUCCCAUCGAGCACAGUCCAGAUCAUGUGGCGUCUCACUUGCAAGCACAUGGCCUUUGCCACCCCAUUGGAGCCGACAUUAAGGAGAAUGCAGAAGCAAAGAUGGCAGAUAUGCUGGAAGUGUCUGCAACGGUGCGAUCUGCUCGGUUGCCGGUGAGUGGGGAUCAAGAACCUCACCAGUGGGGUUUAAGGGCUGCAGAGGAUGCGAGCGAGGACUCUUCGGAACUGCUGGUUCGCAGUGUGGAGGAGGACGUAGUUGAAGGCGCUGUGUCCAAAACGCAGUCGUCUGGCGACAGCGCCUCGACUGGGCCGACCUCAGUGGCGGCUUGCGGUACAGACAGGACUGCAGAGCGAGACAAUGGGGUUGUGGAUACGCAGGCGCUGAAGCUCAAGGCUGAAGAACUGGUUGCAAUCAGGUCUGAGAAGGGGAGAGAGCUGGGAUCCUCACAUCGAAACGAGUCGAUAUCGGCAGAAGCUGCUAACCAAACUGUUCUUGGUGUGCAAGAGGCAGCUAACAGUGGCAGAAAGGACAUGGUCGCUGAGGCGACAGGGGACGCAGGGCAAGAGUGCAAAGCUGGUGUCAAGCUGGUGCAUGUUGGAGGCAAAUCGCGCCCCGGGAUCCAGCAGACCUCCCCAAGCCCUGCACCUGCUGCCCCACCAGUUCCCACUGUCAAGGACGGUGUGAAGAAGCUGGAUGUGUGUGAGAGGCGAAAGCUGGCAAAGAUGGACCCGUUCCUUUUGGCACCCAGGACCUGUGAGCGCGGCCCCAGCAUCGAGUCCCUCAACAUGACAAAGAGCCUUGUGAUGCGGAGCCGGAUGCCCAUGGGCCUGUCCCGCCUGGGGGACAUCACAGAGCUGAUGUCCAUCUCACAGCUCAGCCAGGAGCUCAAGUCGGUGGGCGAAUCGGAGAAGGAUGAGGAAAAGGGGGAGUCCGAGAUCUCAAGCGCUCCACCGGAGGACGCAGGAGGCGAUGGCACCAGAACAGCGAAUGGCAGCCUGGCAAAUGGGAACGCAGACAGGAAGGGCUUGGCACCCAUGUCGUGGAGCACUGCCACGCCCUCGGAGGUGGAAGAGUGUGCUGAGACCCCUGCCGCCAGUCCUGGAGGGGGGCCAGAUGUGAGGCUGCCUGCCCCCAAAGCUGGUGCUGGGCCCAGGGGCGAUGCCGGCCUCACCGCGUCUUCUGUGGGCGAUGAUGCCAUCUGUGCUGGAGUGGGCGAUGGCGAUGGUGCUGGAGAGGACCCUGCCACAGCCAGCCAGCCCAAUGAGUGUGCGAAAGAUGGGCAGGAGCCCAAGGGCGCCCCUGUGGAUGUGUGUGGCACCGGAGCCAGCUGCAGCGUCGAAGACAAGGCAGCAGAUGCAAGAGGGAGAGGUGGGCAGUCGUCUGGCAAUGGGGAGGCCAUGGAGGAGGGCCCCGGGGAGGAGGUGGUUUGCUCCAGCGAGUGCGGUGGGGAGGUGACCACAGAGGGCGCUGAAGCUGCCAGUGGCGGUGGGCCCUCGAGCCCCAAGGUGCGGGAGGGCCUGGUGGACUACGACACAUCUCCGCCCAGGCAGAGCAGCAGGGAGGAGGGGGACUGCGUGUCUAUUGGGGAACAGGAGGACUCGGGCGAUUCUGUUGGCACGCGAGGCGAUGACAAGUCGGGUCCUUUAGGACAUGGUGGUGGGGGGGAGAGUCAGCGAUCGGCACCCCUUGUGGUGGAUGUGCCCUUUUCCGAGGGUGGGGAGAGGCACGUGGCUGUGCCCAUCGCAGACAUGUCGCUGGACGAGCGCAGUCCUGAAUCUGUGAUGCCUGGUGAGGCAGCAGCUGAGUGCGGUAUGACGGGCAUGGUGCGUGAGAAAGGGGAGUGUGGUGCAGUGUUGGCUAAUCGGCCUCCUGAGCCGUGCAGCACUGUGGGCGAGAGGGGUGUGGCAGAGAGCAUACAUGCGGAGACUGCUGAUGCUGCAGCCAGGGUGGGCGAACCGAAGAAUGGAAGGUGGUUGCUGCCAAACGUGUGA